UCUCGUCUGCUGUGGUUCCCCAGCACCGGCGGCUUCUCUUUCCGGGUGCAGCGUCUGUCAUAAAGCUGAGACCUCCCUUCAAACGUGGCGUCGUGGGUCCUUCGCGCCUCGCCGGGGGUCAGCGUGCAAGGACGGGCGCACGCAGGAUACUUAACACUCAACAGGCGCAGCCAGUCCGCGUACCGGGCCCGCACUGGCGCCCCCGAGCCCUCACGAUUGGAAGUCCCUGAUUCGCAGCCUCCGGGACUGCAUUUGGAGAGGACAGCACUCCCUGGCCCGUACCUGUACCCCAUAGUCACGCUCUGCCCUGUGAGGUGCAGCAUUUCCCAAGUCCCCCUGUACCGCUUCCACCCACGUCUGCGUUAAACUUUGUCCUUAACCUCCUUGAGACUCCGUCCCCUCUACCUCCAGAAGUGGUCUUUUCCCCCAGUUCCCGUAAACAUUGGGAGUUAAGUUUUGGAUGUCCUGCAAAGAUUACUUCUAAGACUGAGCAUCCAUUCGGUCGCCCGAACAAGUUCAUGCUUGCUAGAGAGCUUGUGGGCAAAGGGAAACCCAGUGCACACGGAAAACGAUGGCUGAGCACGGGGCGCACAUCACCGCUGCUUCCGUGCAGGACGACCAGCCAUCCAUCUUUGAGGUGGUAGCGCAGGACAGUUUAAUGACGGCAGUGAGACCCGCUCUUCAGCAUGUGGUCAAGGUUCUUGCAGAAUCAAACCCUGCCCGCUAUGGCUUCUUCUGGAGGUGGUUUGACGAAACCUUUGCCCUGCUGGAUCUUCUGCUCCAGCAGCAUUAUUUGUCUAAAACCAGUGCCUCAUUUUCUGAAAACUUUUAUGGCUUAAAGCGGAUUGUUACGGGGGACACAGACAAGCUUCAGAGACUGGCCAGCGCUGGGCUCCCCAAGAAGCAGCUUUGGAAGUCAGUCAUGUUCCUGGUCCUCCUUCCGUAUCUGAAAGUGAAGCUGGAGAAGCUGGUUGCUAGCCUGAGAGAAGAGGAUGAAUAUUCCAUCCAUCCCCCUUCUUCCCGCUGGAAACGAUUUUACAGAGCCUUCCUGGCAGCCUAUCCGUUUGUUAACAUGGCCUGGGAAGGCUGGUUCCUUGUACAGCAACUCCGAUACAUCCUGGGGAAAGCUCAGCAUCACUCCCCGCUGCUAAGUCUGGCUGGAGUCCGGCUAGGUCGACUCACGAUUCAGGACAUACAAGCUCUGGAGCACAGGCCAGCUGAAGCCAGCAUGAUGCACCAGCCAGCCAGGAGUGUUGCUGAGAAGAUAAAGUGGGCCGUGAAAAAAGCUGUGGGGGGUGCCGCCGUAUCCCUCUCCUCGGGCCUUUCCGUGGGCGUGUUCUUCCUGCAGUUCCUCGAGUGGUGGUACUCGUCUGAAAACCAGGAAACCAUCAAAUCCCUGACGGCGCUGCCUACGCCCCCGCCGCCUGUCCACCUGGACUACAACCCUGACUCCCCGCUGUUACCCAAACUGAAGACUGUGUGCCCGCUGUGUCGCAAAACCCGGGUGAACGACACUGUCCUUGCCACCUCUGGCUACGUGUUUUGUUACCGCUGCGUGUUGAUUUAUGUGAGGAGCCACCAAGCCUGCCCCGUCACGGGUUACCCGACACAAGUGCAGCAUCUGAUUAAACUGUACUCCCCCGACAACUGAAAGGGUUGGCACGGUAAGGCCGCGGGGCCGGAGUCUUCAGCAUGGUCCACGGCACUGUUUGAUACUCCUUAGGCUCAAUUCAUAAUUAUAUGAAUUUUAAACAACGACAUGGAUUUCUUUAAAAGAAUAUACACCCAUUGAUGUUAACCUUCUAGCCUGCUGUCUGGGCCUCAACUUAGAGCUGACCGAGCUGGUUAGAGUGAGAGAGUGGGGAUUGCAGGGGACAGUGUAGGAGAAGUGGGUAAAAGAGGAUAAUCAGCACAGAAGCUUUUCCUUAAAGAACAAAGAGGCACAGAAGCUCUUGGGGAAAAAAAAAACAAGUUAGACCUCAGAAAGUGGGUGGCGAAGGGGAAGCAGGCCUUUUCUUUAGAAAAGAGUGUUGAUCUGCCUAGGAGGAGGAGGCUGGCUGUAUCCCUUGGCAAACAAUGUGAAGCGUGGGCUUGUUCUUUAUGUUAAGCACUUCUGGAAAACAGGAAUAGCUCCUUCUACAUACUGUGACCAUUGGUUAAGUAACAUCUGCUGUAGUUUAUCAACUUUUAAAGAUUACUUCAUUACCCAUACAUGUCUUUCCUGGGAAACUGGUUAAAGGAAAAGAGGGGUUGAGGGUAUGUAUAGAGCAACAUUAGGGUUUCGGUGCGACACCCAAGUGCUGAUGGGCAAUGAAAAGAUGGAGUAAAAUACCGAUCCAACUGUGUAAAGGAAGGAUCUGUUCAUAAGCUCUUUCUGCUUGCUGUUAACAGUUUGCUACACUGGCAUGAAUUAUUCUGGCUAUUUACUAAAGUUUCUGUGAAACACUUAAAUAAAUUUUAAGAAUAAAUGAUUUUGGCAAA